UAGUGAAUUAUUGCGCAUUCCCACAUGGAGUUCACCUUGCACGGAAAGGGAAAACUAAAAUCCAUAUAUAAAGUGUUAAAUUGAUUUAAUAGACUUGCCCACCAGGCCGUAUCUUAGUUCAAUGCAUAAUGGAUUUAAUAACUAUCUUGGAAAAGACUACAUCCUCUGAUCAAACCGAUAUAGAGCAAGCACAGAAAUUUCUUGAACAAGCAGCUCAGCAAAAUCUGCCUGAGCUGCUGAAAUCACUGUCGGAAAUUUUGAAAAAUGGUACAAACAGUCCAGUGGCACGUAUGCAGGCAGGUCUUCAGUUGAAGAAUGCUCUGUAUUCGAAAGAUGCUGCAUUGAAAAUUGAGUACCAGCAGAGAUGGCUACAGUUCCCGGAAGAUGUCAGGAAUUUUGUCAAAUUGAAUGUUUUGUCAAGUUUAGGAACAGAAACAGUACGGCCGAGCUCAGCUGCACAGUGCGUAGCAAAUGUAGCCUGUACAGAGCUUCCACAAGGUCUGUGGCCGGAGUUGAUCAACACCCUUUGUAACAAUGUGACUAGCCCGGGCAGUACUGAGAUGAUGAAGGAAUCAUGUUUAGAAGCUAUAGGAUACAUUUGUCAAGAUAUCGAGCCAGAAAUUCUACAGACACAGUCCAAUGAAAUUCUGACAGCUAUAGUUCAUGGAAUGAAGAAAGAGGAAACAAGUAAUAAUGUUCAAAUCGCAACAAAUGCUCUUCUUAACUCCUUGAAUUCCCAAAAGCCAAUUUUUCAAAAGUCAGAAAGACAUUUUAUCAUGCAAGUGGUAUGUGAAGCAACGCAAUCUGAAGAACCGUGUUAGAGAGCAGCUUGGGAGUGUCAGUUAAGAUCAGCAUUAUAUUUCUAACAUGGAAAAUAUAUGGGUCCACUUUAAUUUUUGAUAACAAUGGAGGCAAUGAAAUCAGAUGUUGACGACAUAGCACUACAAGGUAUUGAGUUUUGGUCCACUGUCUGUGAUGAGGAAGUUGAUCUAGCAAUAGAACUUUCAGAGGCAGCAGAAGCGGGUAAACCACCAGAAAGAACGAGCAGAUUUUAUGCCAAAGGCGCUCUACAAUACCUUGUUCCUAUUUUACUGGCUUGUCUUACCAAACAGGAAGAAUUUGAUGAUGAUGAUGAAUGGAAUCCAUGUAAAGCAGCAGGUGUCUGUUUGAUGUUGAUGGCCACGUGUUGCGAGGAUGACAUCAUACAACAUGUACUCCCAUUUGUAAAAGACAAUAUACAUCAUGAAGACUGGAGAUUUAGGGAUGCAUCUGUCAUGGCUUUCGGUUCUAUAUUAGAGGGACCAGAUCCAACAACAUUAAAACAACUAGUUGAUCAAGCUUUACCUAUGUUGAUAGAAAGUUUAAAAGAUCCAAGUGUAAUUGUUCGCGAUACUGGUGCAUGGACAAUAGGACGCGUGUGUGAAAUCUUGCCUGAAGCAGUGAUAAAUGAACAGUUUUUAAAUCCAUUAUUACAUGCCCUUGUGCAAGGAUUAGAAACAGAACCCAGAGUGGCUAGCAAUGUUUGCUGGGCAUUUUCCAGUUUAGCAGAAGCUGCCUUUGAGAAUGCUGAACAACCAGAAGAUGGGUCAGAUCCUGCUACUUGCUGUUUAUCAUCAUAUUUUGAACAAAUUGUACAUAAGCUUAUGCAAACCGCAGACAGACCUGAUGGCAACCAGAAUAAUUUAAGAAAUGCAGCGUAUGAGGCUAUCAUGGAAAUGAUGAAAAAUAGUACAAAGGAUUGUUAUCAGAUAGUUUUACGAACACUUGUGUUAGUCCUAGAAAAAUUAGAAAGAGUUCUUCAGAUGGAGAAUGAUAUACAAAUGUCUUCAGAUAGAUCACAAUACAACGAUUUGACAUCCCUUUUAUGUGCCACUUUACAGAGUGUAUUAAGAAAAGUUACAUCAGAUGAUGCACCACAGAUCUCUGACCAGAUCAUGAGCACAUUGUUACGCAUGUUCCAGUCAUCUACUGGAAAAUCCGGAGGUGUUCAGGAAGAUGCUUUGUUAGCAGUUUCCACUCUUACUGAAGUUUUAAGUGAGAACUUCUUGAAGUACAUGGAUGCCUUCAAACCAUUCCUGUUCCUGGCCCUCAAGAAUCAUGCAGAGUACCAGGUGUGUAUAGCUGCUGUUGGGUUAGUUGGUGAUUUGAGUCGUGCACUCGGUCAGAAAAUCCUGCCAUACUGUGAUGAGAUUAUGAUGUUACUACUAGAAAACCUUGGGAAUGUUGGUGUGCAUAGAUCUGUGAAGCCUCAGAUACUCUCAGUUUUUGGUGAUAUAGCACUGGCAGUUGGUCCUUACUUUAAAAACUAUUUGGAAGUUGUAUUGACCACGCUCCAGCAGGCAACACAAGCUCAAGUUGAUAAGACUGAUUAUGACAUGAUAGAUUAUUUGAAUGAACUACGUGAGGGUUGUUUAGAAGCCUAUACUGGCAUGGUUCAGGGAUUGAAAGGAGACAGCGAGUCGCCUAAUCCUGAUGUUGCUCUGCUCCAACCACAUGUGGGCCACAUGAUAUCAUUCAUAGAACACAUAGCCCUUGAUGAAGAUCAUAGUGAUAGUAAUGUAUCAGCAUGCUGCGGGUUAAUAGGAGAUCUUUGUUCGACCUUUGGUGCCAGCAUUUUACCAUUGGUUGAUAAAGAACCAAUAACGGGUCUUCUUACAAAAGGAAGAAGGUCAAAGGCCACAAAAUGUAAAACAUUAUCCACCUGGGCAACUAAAGAAAUCAGGAAAUUGAAAAACGCUGCACAGUCCUGGUAA